AGGCAGAAAAGACUCAAGACGGAGGGGAAAAGUUAAUGAAACAUGGAGCUGAAAAAAGGAACGAUUAUAUAGGUAUAGGCUUUAAAAUCAGCUUUUCUGAAAAUUCUGUCUAAUAGUCUGCCCUGGGCUAUUGAACUGAACCCUCAGGUUGCACUUUUUAAUAUACUAACAUGCAUUGGAACACAUUUUAUUCUUUAAAGUGGUUGAAUAUGCUUGUCUCAUGCUUUAGUAUUUUUCCCUGUAAAGUAGAACUAAGAGGUGUGUGGCCCUUCAUGUACAAAUGGAAAGUCUUACCAACAUUGGCAAUGCUGGUCCAGCAACACUUGGGAUGGCUGCACAAUUCCCUAGCCUUGAUAAAUAGAAAUCUUUGGAUUUAAAAUAGUAGUGUGCUAGAAUAAUCAAAAUCACGAUUUCACAUCUUUAUUCUAAGGUAUUGCUACAUGGGAAACUAUAGUAUACAUCACAGAUUGCUAAUCAGCAUUACACUUAACUAUCCAUAGGAGUGGACAGAGGAAACCCCAGCUCACUCAUCUUCUUCUAAUUAUAUUUCAGAAAGACCUCAAGAUUCAUCAACAGAAAUGGAUAGAAAUCAGUCAGCCAUUACAACAUUCAUCCUCCUGGGAUUUGGCAAUCUCUUUGAAGUACGGGUUUCCUUUUUCAUAUUAUUUCUAGUCAUCUACACUUUGUCCAUAGGUGGAAACCUCUUCAUUGUUUUCCUGGUAAUGGUUGACCGACAUCUUCAUACCCCCAUGUAUUUUUUCCUUGUGAACCUGUCCUGUUUGGAGACCUGCUACAUUUCAACCAUUUUACCUAAAAUGUUGGCUAGUUUCUUGACUGGAGACAGAUCCAUAUCCAUUGAAGGAUGUAUUACACAGUACUAUUUCUUUGGCUUCUUUGCAGCUACCGAAUGCUACCUUUUAGCAGUAAUGUCUUAUGAUCGCUACCUGGCCAUAUGCAAACCACUGCAUUACACAUCUCUCAUGAAUGGUAGACACUGCCUUCAGUUGGCAUUCACAUCUUGGAUGAGUGGCUUCUUGACCAACACUAUCAUUACUUCGUGUAUGGUAAAACUUGCAUUCUGUGGGCCCAAAGAAAUUGACCAUUUCUUUUGUGAUAUAUACCCAGUAGUAAACUUAUCCUGCAGCAAUAACUACUUAGUAAAACUUGUAACUUUAAUUCUGGGCCUCAUGGGAACAGGACCACCUUUUCUUCUAACUUUGUCAUCCUAUAUCUGCAUUCUUUGUGCCAUUUUGAGAUUUGAAUCUAAAUCUUCUCAACAGAAGAUGUUUUCUAUUUGUUCAUCCCAUCUUAUUGUUGUGACACUCUACUACGGAUCAAUUUUUCUUAUUUAUAUAGUCCCUGAAACAGAAACACUGAAGGAACUUCGCAAGAUAUUCUCUCUUUUCUACACUGUCCUGACUCCUAUCCUCAAUCCUCUCAUAUACAGUUUGAGAAACAGAGCAGUGAAGAAUGCUUUUUUCAGGUGUGUCAGGAAAUACAGCAAUAGAGUUUCAUAGCUUCGUGAUGUCAUCAUUGAUGUGUUGAUGUGUGGAGAAAGGAUUUGUCAGGAUCAUUUCUAAUGCUCCAGGGAAGGACAAGGAUUGCUUGAGGGACUUUUCCUGUUUUCUGUAUGGAAUGAUUGCAGAAAGAAGGAUAAUUGCAUAAAAGCAUGCAAAAAAGGGAUGAAACUGAAAUUGACUCCAACUGUAAUUACUGAAGAAUGAUUGCAAAGGUUGUCUGAUCUUGGAUUUCUGAUCUUGGAAGCCAAGCAGAGUUACCUCUGGUGGAUACUUCAGUGGGAGAUUGCCAAUGAAUAUCUGGUGCUGUAGACUAUAUUUCAGAGGAAGAAACCGACAAAACCACCUCUUGAGUACUUUUUGCUCAGACUGCCUACUUAGGACAUCACAUUAGUGAUGUCCUAAGUAGCCAACUAUCCCACUGAUACUGGAGGAUAGGGGGAAAUGCAUGGAAAAAAGAGAAAAAUCCACCCAUCCCUGAAAUUACACAAAAGUUCAUAUUGUGUCAGAGGCAGUAAGGUGGGGUGAGGAAAAUUUGAAAAAAAAAGAGAUAUGGAGGCAGCAAGACUCCAAGACAAACACAAGACAAUGAUAAACUUUAUUUGUACCCCACCUUUCUCCCCCUAGGGACUUAAGAUGGCUAACCAUCACAUAACACAAUCUAAUAACAUUUAAAAUAGUAGAAAUACAAAUACAAAAUUAAAAGAACAAAUAUUUGUGGGUAGCUAUAAAGUUAAAAUACAGCAAAUACAGGCAGUUCCCAAGUUAAAAACAUCAGACUUACAAAUGACUCAUAGUUAAGAAUGGGGAUGAGACAACAGGAAGUGAGAUAAAUCUACCUCUACAAAGGGAAAUUCACCCCUGAAAGAAUUAUUAUGGGGAAAAGGUGUCUCCACUGAAGCUUUACCCCCAGCCUUUGUUUCCACAACAAGCCAUAUUUUUCAAAAUCCAAUUAUCACAGGGACAGAAAGUGAGAUGAAAUCCUCUGUACAGGGGAACAGACAGAAUAACAAACACCACAGGGGUGUUAACCUUUCCCUAGGCUAUCUAACAUGUCCUAUAUAUCUAUAUCUGGAAUUACACUUAAAAAUGUAACUGUUCUGACUUACAAACAAAUUCAACCUAAGAAGAAAUUUACAGAAACUAUCUUGUUUAUAACUUAGGGACUGCAUGUACAAUAAAAAUUACAUUUAAAGCUCACUAUCCUUCCAAAACCACAAAUUCCCCGGCAGCAUGCCCCCCAUCUUUUCACAAGUGCAAGACAGCAGAGAUAUGUCUUGACCUGCCUGCAAAAGGCAAACAGGGAUGGGGCCAUCAUGGUCUCUCUUGGGAGGGAGUUUCAAAGCCUGGGAGAUGCCACCAAAAAUACUCUCUUCUUUGUUCCCACCAAAUAUGCUUGAGUGGGUGGUGGGAUAGAGAGAAGGCCCUUCCUAGGUAACUGUAAAUUUCUAAUAGGUUUAUAGAGGGGGACACACUCUUUUAAAUAAGUUAGACCUAAGCUGUAAAUGGCUUUAUAGGUCAAAACCAAAAUUAUAGUACAGUACCAAGUGGAGAGACCAGCAAAGGCCAUUCUGCAUUACAAAUUACUUUGUGAAGGCUUUUAGAUGGUAAGGAUUGGAGAGGCAAUUGGAAAGAAACUACAUGAAGACACACAAUAGCAGCAACAAUGUAUUUGGAUAUGUAAGACAAUGUCCUUGCAACUAUUUCUCAAAUCAUUGUAAUUUUAGCAUUACUUGUGUUAAAAAAACAAUGUACAGAUUUUUGUGUGCAUUCUGGUGCAUAUAUAUGUAUGUUUCAUAUAAUAAAAAUGUACAAUGAUGCUGCUGUGUAAAGUGUCACUAAUGUUACCUUCCUCACUAAAUUGCAGAGAAUAAAUACUUAACUUCUAAUUAGUUUAUUGAGAGAUCUCAAAAAGGAUUUUUCCCAGGAGGGAAAAAAAAACAAGGAAGAGAAAAAGAGAGGCAAC